CGUCCACAGCUGAGAGAGAGAAAAAGAGAGAGAGAGAAAAAAAGAGAGAGCUAAGUGGUGGUGCGAUCCUCAGCAGUGUACUGAGACUGCAUUCACCUCUCCUACCGCUCCGUGGAAAUGAUUCACUAAUACCUUGUGAUGAAGAGAACCGGGAAGAUUUAUUAAAUUCCCACGCGUUCAGGUGGAUACGGCGAGCUGAACUUACUCUGGAAGCUUUGCGUGAUUUGCGGGAGUGAUUUGUUCUCGGGAAUCAGCGAUGGAUACAGAAAAAGAGAAGAAAAGGCACCCAUCAGAACGGCGGAAGGAGAAGUCUCGGGAUGCGGCACGUUGCAGACGCAGUAAAGAGACGGAGGUCUUCUAUGAGCUGGCACACCAACUGCCCCUGUCGCAUAGCGUCUGCUCCCAUCUUGAUAAAGCUUCCAUCAUGAGACUGACCAUUAGUUUUCUGCGCACACACAAACUGCUCACAUCAGAUUAUAUAAGAAGACCGCCUAAAGAAGAAAAAGACACUGAGAUGGACUUGUUGUAUCUACAGUCUCUGCAGGGCUUUAUUUCUGUAGUAACCUCAGAUGGGUACAUGAUCUUUCUCUCAGAGAACAUCAAUAAAAUCAUGGGUCUCACACAGGUGGAGUUAACAGGACACAGUAUCUUUGAUUUCACACACCCUUGUGAUCACGACGAGAUCCGAGAAAACCUCAGUGUCAAAGCAGGGCCGUUGUAUGGUAAAAAGCAUAAGGAGUUAAAUACAGAGAGGGAGUUCUUCAUGAGAAUGAAGUGCACUGUCACCAGCAAAGGACGUAAUGUCAACCUUAAAUCAGCCGGCUGGAAGGUGCUGCACUGCACAGGGCAUCUCAAGGUGUACACCAGCUGUCCCCUUCAUGUUUUAUGUGGCUUUGCCGAGCCCCCUCUCACUUGCAUGGUGAUGUUGUGUGAGCCCAUCACUCAUCCAUCCAACGUGGAAACACCACUUGACAGCAUGACCUUCAUAAGCAGACACAGCAUGGACCUUAAGUUUAUCUACUGUGAUGAGAGUGUUAGAAAUCUAAUGGGAUACACAACAGAGGACUUGGUUGGGCGUUCAGCAUAUGACUUCUACCAUGCACUGGAUUCAGACAACAUGACCAAAUGCCACCAAAACUUGUGUGCCAAGGGCCAAGUGGUGAGCGGUCUCUAUCGAAUGCUGGCUAAACACGGAGGCUAUGUGUGGAUAAAGACACAGAGCACAGUCAUCUACAACACCCGGAACUCUCAGCCACAGUGCAUUGUGUCCAUUAAUUAUGUCUUAAGUGAUGUUGAAGAGAAGUCUGUUGCAUUCUCCAUGGAUCAGAUGGAGGCGCUGUUCAAACCUUGCAAAAUGCUGGAUACCUGUAAGCCUCUCUGCUCGGGCUCAGAACCCACGAACAUGCUCAUCACUAAGCUCAAGGAGGAACCUGAGGAGUAUCCACAGCUUGUGCCCACACCAUCAGAUGCCAUCCCUGCCCUGGACUUUGAAAGUGCAGAGUUUGAAAAUCCAUCUGCCUUCUACAAGUUUCCGAGCCAGUCUGUGGUCAGUAAUCUGUGGGAAAUUGAGUCUCCAAUGCGAAGUAGUCACAGCAGCCUAAAUACAAUUUCCUCCAGCUCAACAACAACCCUGAGCAACACCAGCAGCUGCUCCACACCGGACAGUGCUGGAGGAACCUACUAUGGAGAUGCAGAAGCUGAGCUGAAGUUUGAGCUGACAGAAAGGCUGUUUGCCCAGAACACUAAUCACAAGAGUCCAACUGAAUCAGAGUGUGACUUCAGUGAUCUGGACCUGGAGACGCUGGCUCCCUACAUCCCUAUGGACGGUGAGGACUUCCAACUAAUUCCCGUUGGUCAGGAGGAGUCUUUAUCAGAGGCAGGUCCAAGUUUCUACACUCCACCACAGUAUAACUUCAGCAGUGUGACAAGCCUUUUUCAGCCACUGGAUCACUACCAGGCUAAAGAUGACAACUGCUCCAGCUCCUUCCCUAACCCAACUCCUACCCUAGCUUCCUCUUACCAGGCUCAUGCAUCAGUCAUGCAUCCUGGUCAGAAUGCACUGGGCAACUGUUUUAAACGCAAGAGACAGGAUGAGUUUGGGCUCUCGUCCUCUUUCUCAAAUAUCUCUCAGGAGGAAAUAUCUCACAGUGAGUCCAUGAAGGACAUCUGGAAACGAGCGAAGACAGUGAGCACUGAUUGUUGUAUGACUUUUACUAGAAAGCCUCCUGAUCCCAGAGUGCUUGAAGACACCUUCUCUAGUGGGCAAGGAGGGGUAUAUUCUCAACCCAGCCAUGGUCGGCCUCCUCCAGAUCAGCGGAGGUCAGGAGAGCUCAAACAGCCUCUUAGUGAGCGUUUUUGCUCUCUGCCAUACAAUCAAUAUGGCAUGCUACCUUCCACCAAACAAUCAGGGGUGACGAGUCGACUGCUAGAUGCAUCAUUUCACCCAUACUUCCUGACUAAGCUGACACAGUACGAUUGUGAUGUGAACGUGCCUUUGCAGGGAAAUCUACACCUACUGCAAGGCAACGAUCUGCUCAGAGCACUAGACCAGGCUACAUAAAGUGAAUAGAGCUGCACUCAGUCUUGUCUUUUUCAGCUCAUUCUGUGCCUAAUUACAUCAUGCCUAUUAUAAUGGUUGCCUCUUUUAUUACGUACAUGAUUACUGUGCCAGGAAACAGCCAUAACUCAACACAACUCUUUCAGCCCUCAAGAUACACAUAUUGCUACUUAUGAGACCUAUAUAUGCAUUUUAUUUGCUAAUUACUUAUUACUAUUAUAGUUAAUUAUGUAUAUUAGUUCUGUGGUGCAUAUAGUGCUCAUAUUUAGCCAUACUGUGUUAAGAAUAAUUUGU